AUGGGUGAGACUCAGAAGCUCAAGCCCGCCGCCAGGGUCUCCGGCAAGAGGCAGGAUGUGUGGACCAUCAUCAACGAGGCUGCGGCUGCGUCGCCCAACCAGCCAAUUGUGAACAUGGGCCAGGGCUUCUUUGGCUACAACCCGCCCAAGUUCAUUCUCGACGCCGCCAAGGAUGCCUUGGACCGCGUCGAUGCCAACCAGUACUCGCCCACCAAGGGCCGUCCUCGAUUGAGAAAGGCCAUUGCUGAUGCGUACUCGCCAUUCUGGGGCCGCCAGAUUGACCCCGAUACUGAGGUCACCAUCACUACUGGUGCCAACGAGGGUAUGCUGAGCGCCUUUAUGGCAUUUAUCGAGGAGGGAGACGAGGUCAUUGUCUUCGAGCCCUUCUUUGACCAAUACAUCAGCAACAUUGAGAUGCCGGGUGGCAAGAUUGUCUAUGUCCCCCUACACCCCCCUGCCACAGGAGCCACGAAGACGUCGUCUGCUGCCGAGUGGUCCAUUGAUUUUGAUGAGUUGGAGAAGGCCAUCUCUCCCAGGACCAAGAUGAUCGUUAUCAACACCCCUCACAAUCCCGUUGGCAAGGUGUUCUCCAAAGAGGAGCUACAGAAGAUCGCAGACCUUUGCGUGAAGCACCAGAUUAUCAUCCUCUCAGACGAGGUGUACGACCGCCUUUUCUACGUACCCUUCACUCGCAUUUCCACCCUAUCUCCCGAGGUCGAGAAGUUGACCCUGACCGUGGGAUCCGCGGGCAAGAACUUUUAUGCCACUGGAUGGCGUGUGGGCUGGUUGAUUGGCAACCCUGAACUGCUGCAACACGUUUCGGCAGCUCACACCCGUAUUUGCUACUCCUCCGUGUCUCCCCUGCAAGAAGCCGCCGCUGUUGGCUUUGAGCAGGCCGAUAAGUUUGGUUUUUGGGAUGAGGCGAUCAAGGAGAUGAGGGGCAAAGUCGACCGCCUCAACGAGGUAUUCGACGAGCUCAACCUUCCUUACUCGGACCCCGAGGGUGGCUACUUUGUGCUCGUGAACAUGGCCAAGGUGAAGCUGCCUGAGGGCUACCCCUUCCCACCACACGUUGCUAGCCGCCCGCGAGACUUUAAGCUGGCUUGGUUUCUGAUCCAAGAGCUGGGCGUCGCGGCCAUCCCGCCGACCGAGUUCUACACCGAUGCCAAUGCGCACCUGGCGGAGGACUACAUCCGGUUUGCUGUUUGCAAAACGGACGAGGUGCUGGAGGAGGCCAAGGAGCGCCUAAGGGGGCUGAAGAAGUACAUCCAGGAAUAA